ACAUUGUUUGUCCUACAGCCACCUCCGGGUUACGACCAGCAAGAUGUGCCUUACCAACGGUUAUUUACACGCAGCCGUCAGGAAGGGAACCGUCUGUGCACCGAAUGUAACUCCCACCACUGGGUAGGCCUGUUCUGGAGGCCCUAAAAAGCAUUAAGAGGAGAGAGAGGACCAGAAACUACAAAAUGACCGACUUGGGGGAUGCAGCAAGUGUUCCCGGCGCCUCCUCCUCUUCCUCCGUAGCGGCAGCAGCAGCAGCAGGGGCCGCCCUGAGCUUCACUGCGGGCAGAGGACUCCCAGGCCGGGUCAGGAGCUUGGCCUCCCCGGCUCCACCUGGAAGGCUGACCUCCCUCAGAACCAGGGACCUGACACUGGGAGGAGCCCUCAAAAAAACAAAGAAAACCUUUGAGCCUAAUGUCCACGCUGUCAGGAGGAGUAAAGACGAGUUAAAGGAAGAAAUCCACAUGGUUCCUAAAAAGGAGAGAAGAGAGAGGGAUGAGAGGAGGAGAGAGAACAGAAGGAGGAGGAAAGAGAAGCCUCAGACCAUCCAGUCUCAUUCCAUCUUUGAACAGGGUCCUGCCGACACUGUACGCAAAACAGGGUGGCGUAGUGCUACAGAUGUGCAGGACUCUAGCACCUCUCCUGUCUGCAAACUGGUGAAGAAAGAGAGGAAAGAGUCAGAAGAUGAUGAAGAUGAAAAUGAGAUACUCAGUAAACUACAAAGAGAUGACUUUAUAGAUGAUCCAGGUCUGAGGAAUGAUGCCAAGCUGAAGCCAAUCCAGCUGCCUCUGUGUCAGUCCAGCAGCUUCACCAAGUGUCAGACGCUGACCACCACCACCACAUGUUUAGAGAACCCCCCUCUGUUCAGGCCUCCGUCCUGUGGAGUUAUGAGUAGAGCAGGCCACAGCAGGAAUGAGCUGCCCACACCAGAGAAGUGUUCCUUGGGAGAACUGCUGCAGGAUCUCAGCCUUUCUGGCAGAGAGGAGCUUUUCUUCAUGCAGUUACCCGACUGCAUGCCGGGCAAAGCAUCUGGACUGAAGGUCGACUCCGCUCAGGGAUCUACAGUUGAGAAACCUGCAAAGAAGGAAGGCAAGCUUGAAGACAAGAGGACUGCAUACUUUCAAGCACAAGAUCCUGUGGUGAAGGAGGGUUGUCCUGUGCUCUCACAGUUCCCUGAAGGAUUUCUGGGUAAACUGCAAAUCAGGAAGUCCGGAAAGGUGGAGCUGAAGCUGGGUGACAUUGUCAUGGAUGUCUCAGAGGGAGCUGCAUUCUCCUUUCUGCAGCAACUGGUAUCCGUGCGUCUGUCUGAGGGUCGAACUGGAGACAUGAUGGUGUUGGGAAACGUACACCACAAACUGGUCUUAUCUCCUGAUUUCCAGGCUUUACUGAGACAAGCCUCAACACAGCAACCACAGGACCCCUAAUCUUAAAUCUGCUGCACUGGGACUGAGCAGAGGUGAAUAUUACAGACUCUGUAACAUAAGGAAAGAUUUGUUUGAUCCAGAGGGGUGUGUUGUUUGGUUACCACACAAACAGAUCACUGUGGAGGGAGUAGAAUGACAAUGUUACUUCUUCACUAUGAGGGUUUUAGGGCAGCUAUAAAUGUUACUAUCAAGGUACCUUACUUUUAUAUUUUUCUGUGAAAUCUUUGAAAUAAUGUUUUUCAAAAUUGUAAUGUGAAAAAUAUAUGUUGCUACACAUGGACUGUCAUAUGCUGUUUCACGUCAGUGGAAGAAUGACUUGUUACUGGGAGAACACUGCCACUUCCACACCCACCAGCAGUGCUGAGUACUACAAUGAUGUACCUCAUGACUUUGGAAGUUCUAACAUUUGUAUUUAGUAAAUGUAAAUACAGUUUUAGUUGCACAAUC